AUGAAAGGCUGUGGUCUUGCCCUCUGCCUUCUCUCUGCUGCGUUUUGUCUCUUCUGGAUGCCUUCUGCUGGGUGGGAGAUACUCCAUUUGGGAAGCUGUGUGAUCUCCAUAAACCUUCAGAAAAUAAGAAAUGAAUUUUCUGAGAUACGGGGCAGCAUGCAAGCUGAAGAUGGAAACAUUGACAUCAGAAUCUUGAGGAGAUCCGUUUCUUUGCAAGACACAGUGCCUUCAGAUCAGUGUUGCCUCCUCCACCGUUUACUCAGACUCUACUUGGACAGAGUAUUCAAAACCUACCGGACCCCUGAUCACUACAUGCUCCGGAAGAUCAGCAGUCUCGCCAACUCCUUUCUUACCAUCAAGAAGGACCUCCGGCUCUGUCUUGAGCCUCAGGCAGUGGUAUUGAAGGCCUUGGGGGAGCUAGACAUUCUCCUGCAAUGGAUGGAGGAGACAAAAUAGGAGGAAGCUGCUGCUGCUGCUGACAGUAUUCCUGGCUAAGAGUCCCAGUCUUUAGUACUUGCUGAGGUGCGACCGAGAACCACCAUCUCUUUGUGAUACCGUUUAGUGCUGGUCACCAUGUGUAUUAUUUAUUUAUUAUUUGUUUCCUUAUUGUGGUUGUCUUCAUGCAUUCCUGAUCUUAUUUUAGACUGGGUUUUAUAAUAUUUUUGUAUUAUCUUUUCUACUGUUGGGUAUAUUUAUUAGUUUUAUAUAUUUAUUUUUUGCUAUUUAAUUUAUUUUUAUACUUGACUUCUUUUUUAAUUCACAAGGUUAUAUUUAUAAACUGACUAACCCUCUAAUGGCUAGAAGAGAGGCUAAGAGGUUUGGCCAUUUUUACUGCAUUAAGCACAUAUUUACUGGAUGCCAAUGCUCUGUGAGAUAUUUAAAAUUGAACCAAUGGUUACUUAGCAUGUGUCAUGGAGAAGAAGCUCUGACGUGAACCUACAGACCUGUGUUACAAUUACCUGACCACUCCACCCAGUUCCCCAAGCCCAUACUUGUAUAUCUUCCAGCUAUGGAAUCCUUCAUGGCCAAAGUGUAUUUCAACAAAUAAAGUUUUCUUUGAAUAAUACCUGCUUGGAGUUUGAAAGUGCUUCAGGAGCAGAAGUCAUGGUGGGGAUGAGAUUGAAUCUCAUGUCAC